AUGGCCGAGUUAAAGACCUAUAACGGCUACGCUUUAUGGCUGUACCUUCCUAAUGUACCGGCCGCUGCUGUGUUUACUAUUCUAUUUGCCCUUGGGACAACCGUCAUCGCUUGGCAGAUGUUCAGAACCAAGGCAUGGUAUUGCUCAGUUUUUGUCAUUGGUGGAGUCUUGGAAAUGGUUGGCUACAUAGUACGAGGUGUUGCCAGGGACAAGACCGAUGAGCUGAUCCCUUUCGUUAUCCAGAAUGCUUUCAUUCUAGUGGCCCCUGCCCUUUUUGCGGCAUCUGUUUACAUGACAUUGGGCCGUAUUAUUAGCAGCAUCCAAGCUCAGCAGCUCUCAAUUAUCCGUGUCAAACUGCUCACAAAGCUAUUUGUCAUAGGCGAUGUCAUAUCGUUUGCAGUUCAGUCUGGUGGCGCUACCAUGAUGGCUACAUCGGAUGACCCGAAGCUAGGUGAAACCAUGAUUGUCGCUGGCCUCUUUGUGCAAAUCGUUGUGUUCGGUAUCUAUAUUGUUACCACCGCAAUCUUCCACUACAGAGUCAGAACUCAAAGAUCAAAUGUCUUUGCCAAUUUUGGUAAUAAUUGGGAGAAACUCCUUAUUAUGCUUUACAUCGUCAGCGCCCUGAUCAUGGUCCGUUGCAAGACCAGCUCGAAGCCGGACCAGCUUACCCUAGACCAGCAAUCAGGUGGAUCCGGAUCACGUGGCGAUACGUUAUCGCAGAGACUUUAG